GACAUGGAGAAUAAAGAAACCCUCAGGGGGUUGCAGAAAAUGGAUGACCGCCCAGAAGAGCGCAUGAUCAGGGAGAAACUCAAGACAGUGUGCAUGCCAGCCUGGAAGCAUGAAUGGCUGGAAAGAAGAAGCAGGAGAGGCCCUGUGGUGGUGAAACCUAUCCCUGUGAAAGCAGAUGCAUCUGAAAUGAGCAAACUGUCUCUAGAAUCUCAGGCUGAAGGACAGAGCACGGCUUCUUCACCCACGCAUAAGGGGAGACGUAGCCCUUCUCCCAGUAGCGCCUCUUCGUCGUCCUCGAGGACUGUUAAAUCUGAAUCGCCAGGAGUCAGAAGAAAAAGGAUAUCUCCAGUGCCUUUGCAGAGUGGCCGAAUAACACCGCCUCGAAGAGCUCCCUCUCCAGAUGGCUUCUCUCCAUAUAGCCCUGAGGAAACGAAUCGCCGUGUCAACAAAGUUAUGAGAGCCAGGCUGUACCUGCUGCAGCAGAUAGGACCCAACUCCUUCUUAAUCGGAGGAGACAGCCCUGAUAACAAGUACAGGGUGUUUAUUGGGCCUCAGACAUGUAGCUGUGGGCGUGGAACAUUUUGUAUCCAUCUGCUGUUUGUUAUGCUGCGAGUAUUCCAGCUGGAGCCCUCUGACCCGAUACUGUGGAGAAAGACUCUGAAGAACUUCGAGGUUGAGAGUUUGUUCCGGAAAUAUCACAGUAGGCGUAGCUCAAGGAUCAAAGCUCCAUCUCGUAACACCAUCCAGAAGUUUGUCUCACGCAUGUCAAACUCUCAUACAUUGUCAUCAUCUAGUACUUCCACAUCUAGUUCAGAAAACAGUAUGAAGGAUGAAGAAGAACAGAUGUGCCCCAUUUGUUUGUUAGGGAUGCUGGAUGAAGAGAGCCUAACUGUGUGUGAAGAUGGCUGCAGGAAUAAGUUACACCACCAUUGCAUGUCAAUAUGGGCAGAAGAAUGUAGGAGAAACAGAGAGCUACUUAUAUGUCCUCUUUGUAGAUCUAAAUGGAGAUCACAGGAUUUCUAUAGUCAUGAAUUGCCAAGUCCUGUGGAUUCUUCUGUUCUUCGUAUGGUGCAGCAACAAACUCAACAGCAAUCUAGGGCUGUAUCACAAAGAAGAACCCAAGAUAGUAAUUUUAACCUUAUUCAUUACGGGGUCCAGCAGAUCCCUUCUGCCUAUAGAGACUUAGCUGAGCCAUGGAUUCAGGUAUUUGGAAUGGAGUUGGUUGGCUGCUUGUUUUCUCGAAACUGGAACAUACGGGAGAUGGCACUGCGACGUCUUUCGCAUGAUGUUAGUGGUGCUCUAUUACUGGCUAAUGGUGAAAGCACUGGAAAUUCUGGAAGCAGCAGUAGGAACAACACAAGUGCUGGAGCUCUAGGAGCAGCUAGUGGGUCAUCUCAGACCAGUAUCUCAGGAGAUGUUGUCGUGGAGUCCUGCUGCAGUGUGCUGUCCAUGGUCUGUGCCGACCCUGUCUACAAAGUGUAUGUUGCUGCUUUAAAAACCUUAAGAGCCAUGCUGGUAUAUACUCCUUGUCAUACGUUGGCAGAGAGAACUAAACUACAGCGACUUCUCAAGCCAGUUGUAGAGACAAUAUUAGUUAAAUGUGCAGAUGCCAACAGUCGAACAAGUCAACUCUCGGUCUCAACGCUACUGGAGAUGUGUAAAGGCCAAGCAGGAGAGCUGGCAGUUGGAAGAGAAAUACUUAAAUCUGGGUCCAUCGGUAUUGGUGGUGUUGAUUGUAUCCUAAACUGUAUUCUUGGAACCCAAACUGAAUCAAGCAACUGGCAAGCGCUACUGGGGAGACUCUGUUUGAUAGACAGACUGCUGUUGGAAUUCCCUGGUGAAUUUUAUCCCCACAUUGUCUGUGGGGAUGUUUUACAGGCUGAUACUGUAGUAGACAG